AUGGCUGGGGACACUGGGAUGGCUGGGAAGGUGGCACUGCUCCUGUGGGCCCAGACCCUCGGCCUCGCUGGUGCCCUGGCCACCCAGCUCCUUGUGGAGCCCCCCUGGAUGCCGGCAGUGCUGUGGGACCAGGUGACACUGACCUGCCAGGGCUCGGGGACCACCGGUGCCACCACCUGGUACAGAGACACGUGGCAGCAGGGACAAGACCAAGUCCCUGUUCCCGAGAGUGGCACCUACCGGUGUGAGAGAUCCGGCACUGGGCUCAGCCCCUCUGUGAGCGUCUUAAAUGACUGGCUGGUGCUGCAGGUGCCAGCAAACGCUCUGCUGGAGGGGGACACCAUGACACUGCGCUGGCAGGGCCGGCAGGACAACCCGGUCAGCGAGGUACGAUUUUUCCGGAAUGAGAAAGACCUGGGGAGGUCCUUCAGGGGGACCGAGCUGUCCCUGUCCCCUCUGCAGCUGCACCACAUCGGCCGCUACCGCUGUGAGGGUUUGGUGAAAUCCUGGCUGAGAAGGUCAGCAACAGUGACAGUGACACUGCAUGAGCUCUUCUCAGUGCCGGUGCUGGAGGGUUGCCCUGAGCCCAUCGAGGGGUCCCUCCUGACUCUCAGCUGCCUCAGCACCCCCAGCCCCCUGCGGCCUCGCGCCCCCCUCCUGCAUGUGUUCUACCGGGAUGGGCAGGUGGUGGGGGGCCCGCAGGGGUCCCCACAGCUGCUGGUGCCCGCAGUGGGGGUCUCCCACUCAGGGAAUUACAGCUGCGAGGUGCGCUCCGAGGGGGGGGCUGUGCGGAAGAGCAGUGCCUGGCUUCACAUCACAGUGCGCAGGGUCCCACCCUCGGGGGUGUCCCUGUCGGUGCAGCCCCCCGGGGGACAGGAGGCACUUGGGGACAGCCUGGUGCUGAGCUGCAUGGUGGCCAAGGGGACAGGUCCCCUGUCCUUCUCCUGGCACCGGGAGGGCUUGGGGGCACCGCUGGGCACCGGGCCCCGCCUGGAGCUGCGGCACGUUGAGGACAAUGACAGCAGCCAGUACCUGUGCCGGGUCAGUGACAGGGACAGCGUGGCCGAGAGUGACCCCCUGAAUGUCACCGUGCUGGUGCCCGUGGCCAAUGGCACCAUCACCCCCGGUCCCCUGGCACACCAGGUGUGCACAGGUGAUCCCGUGAACCUGCACUGCUCGGUGCAGGUGGGCUCAGUCCCUGUCACCUUCACCUGGCUGCACAACAGGCAGGAGGUGGCCCGGGGUCCCCUCCUGGAGCUUGGGGAUGUCAAGGUGGCACAUUCGGGCACCUACCAGUGCGUGGCCACCAACCAGCUGGGACAGGACGGGCAUCGCGUGUUCCAGGCACUCAGCCCAGAGCUGGCCCUGGAGGUGACACCACGGGGACACAGGAACACAGUGGCCACAGGGGUCGGUGGCACCAUUUUGUUCCUGGUCCUGCUCGUGGGUGUCAUUGUGGCCUGGCACCGGUGGCACCGAGUGGCUGCCAGAAAGCACCAGGAAAGGGCCCUUCUGGAUCCCCCAGCUCCCCCAGAGGAGGGGGAGGUGCUGUACACCCACAUUGUGAUCACCAAGAGGACAGGGGCGUCCCCCCAUGCCACCACACUCCAGAAUCCCCAGGUGACCUACACGGAGCUGCGGGGACCCCGGGAGCAACCUCAGGAGCCCAGUGACAUCUACGGGAAUGUGCUGUGA